UUAUUUAAAUAAAAUGUCUAAGCGGAAAGGAUUGACUCUUGAUGAAAAGCGUAUAAGAAUGCUUCAUUUAUUUUAUGAAAAAAAAGAAUUUUUUACUUUGAAAGAAUUAGAAAAAAUUGCACCUAAAGAAAAAGGUAUUAUUGCACAAUCGGUAAAAGAUGUACUUCAAACUUUAGUAGAUGAUGGAUUGGUUAGAUCAGAAAAGAUUGGUACUUCUGUAUAUUUCUGGACUUUUCCAGGAGAAAAUAUUACUGCAAUAGAACAAAGAAUAUCUGAAGCCUCAAAGAAAAUAGUAGAAGCAGAAUUUAAACUUCAAAAACUUAAAGAAGCUUGCGAAAAAGAAAAAAUAGGAAGAGAAGAUACAGAGGAAAGGCAAAUUUUAUUACAUGAAUUAGAAGAAUUAAAGGCCAAAGAAGAUCAAUUGAAAAAACAAAUAACUAAAUUCAGUGAUGCUGAUCCAGAAAUUAUAGCUAAACUUGUAGAAAAAGCAAAGGAAUAUAAAGAAGCUACAAAUAAAUGGACGGAUAAUAUUUUUGCUAUUCAAAGUUGGUGUAAAAAUAAAUUUGACAUAUCCGAAGGAUGUCUUAAUAAACAAUUCAACAUUCCUGAUGAUUUAGAUUACAAAGAAUAGAAAUAUUUAAAAUUUUAUUUAACUUUUUAUUUUA